AUGGGGGAUGAAUUUGGCUACAUCCUGGAUGGAGCCCAGAUCAAGCAGCUCAAGCAGGUCAUCGACACCGUCAAGAAGAACAACCUGAUCGACAAGGACAAGGGGCUGCAGAAGUACUUCGUGGACAUCAACAUUCAGAACAAGAAGCUGGAGACACUGCUGCACAGCAUGGAAGUGGCCCAGAACGGCACAGCCAAGGAAGACGGCGCUGGGGAGUCGGCCAGCGGGUCCCCCGCCCGCUCCCUCACCCGCAGCUCCACCUACACCAAGCUGAGUGACCCUGCUGUCUGCAGUGACCGACCCCCUGGCGACCACCCCGGGGCCUCUGCAGAGGACGGGGCUGACAGCGGUUUCGCGGGGACCGAGGACACGCUGAGCCGGACAGACGCGCUGGAGGCCAGCAGCCUGCUGUCAUCGGGGGUGGACUGCGGCCCUGAGGAGGGCUCGUUGCACAGCAGCUUCGGCCUAGGCCCCCGCUUCCCCGCCAGCAACACCUACGAGAAGCUUCUGUGUGGCCUGGAGGCCGGCGUGCAGGCCAGCUGCAUGCAGGAGCGCGCCGUCCAGACGGACUUCGUGCAGUACCAGCCGGACCUGGACGCCAUCCUGGAGAAAGUGACCCAGGCCCAGGUCUGCGGAGCAGUCCCUGAAUCAGGGGACAGGGGCCCAGAGCCGGAGCCCCACCCCCCAGGGCCCAAAGACUGCAGCUCCGCCGUGGUGGUGACGGUGGGGGACGAGCUAGAGGCCCUGGAGCCCAUCACCCGGGGCCCGAGCCCACACCGGCCAGGUGCCAACCCCAGCCCAGGCCCAUCAGUGAGUGUGGCAUGCCCCAUGGAAGAGGAGGAGGAGGCGGCCGCUGAGAAGGAACCCAAGAGCUACUGGAGCCGCCACUACAUCGUGGAUCUGCUGGCCAUGGUGGCGGCGGCGGCCGGAGCGGGGCCUCCCUCUCCGGGUAGUGAGAAGGAAGAGGGGCCCUCCCCGCCGCAGCUUCCCCCGCCUCAAGAGGCAGCUCCAACUUUCCUCCAAGCGCAGGACGCCGCCAGGGCCGCGCGCGAUUCCGAAACUUUGUCCGCCCUCCCGUCGCCCUGGGCCCGCUCCUCCGCUCCGCGCCAGCUCGUAACAGCCCCCACUUCGCCCCGACAGCUGCCGGAGCCCAUCCGCCCCCGGGGUCGGCCCGUGUUUACCUCAGGCCGAGGUCGAGGCGCUUGCUCCAGCGGCGGCGGCUCCACUGCAGGUCCCUAG